AUGGCUAUACGUGAUAUAAUACAAAUGAAACAAGUCAAUCAUGUUAAUGAUGAACGAACAAUUCUUGCUAAUGUUGAUCAUUCUUUUAUUGUUCGUUUUUAUGGAUCAUAUCGAGAUAGUCGCUAUUUAUAUUUAUCGAUGGAAUUUUUGCCAGGUGGUGAAUUAUUUUCUUAUUUUCGUCAAGUUGGCCGUUUUACAGGACCGAUUGUCAGAUUUUAUGCUUGUGAAAUUAUACUUGCUUUGGAAUAUUUGCAUAGUCUCUCCAUUGUUUAUAGGGAUCUUAAAUUGGAAAAUCUCGUACUUGAUAUUACAGGACAUCUCAAAUUAACUGAUUUUGGUUUUGCAAAAUAUGUACAAGAUAGAACAUUUACAGUCUGUGGUACACCUGAAUAUCUUGCACCUGAAAUGAUUCUCACAUCUGUUGGUCAUUCAUUUGGUGUCGAUUGGUAUGCAUUAGGUAUUCUCAUUUAUGAACUACUCGUAGGACGAACUCCAUUUGCACCAACUGAUCAUCAAAAUCAUCCAUCAUUUGUUUUUAUUAAAAUUUUAAAUGCACCUAUUCCUUGGCCAUCUCAACAAGGAAUUGUUGAUCGAGUUGCACGUUGUUUAAUUCGAAAAUUACUCGAACGAGAUCGAACACGUCGUCUUGGCUGUAUGGCAGGUGGAGCAAAUGAUAUUAAAGAACAUCCAUGGUUUAAACAUAUCUUAUGGACUGAUAUUAUGGAACGAAGAAUUGAACCACCAAUUAUACCAAAAGUUGAUUAUCCAGGUGAUACACAAAAUUUUGAAUUAUUUGAAGACGAACCUCUUCAAGCACCAGAAUGUACACAAGAAGAAUAUGAUUUAUUUGAUAAAUUUUGA